CUCGCGAGCUUCAGCGUUUGCUUCCGGUUUCUCACCAUCUGAAAUUCUGUGGAUGCUGCCGGCAACUGGCCUUCUGACAGGUGGUCCCCACUAGUCAUACACACUAGCCCAGCUGACAGGUGGUCCCCACUAGUCAUACACACUAACCCCAACUAACUGAGACAUCCUCAACUGACUCAGCCUCCGAGAUAAGCCGCGCCGUCGCCGCCGCAGAAACCGCAAAAGCCAUCGCCGCCGCCGCCGCCGCCGUGGCCAUGGCAGCAGCAUGCUCCUCCGCCGCCUUCCUCGCCUACCCGGGCAGCCUAGGAGCAGGGCCCCGCCCCCUCCGCCUCUUCCGCGCAUUCGCGGCGGCCUCCUCCUCCGGGUCGGGGAGCAAGAAGAAGGCGAGGAAGUCCAAGGGCGCUGGGAACAAGGGGGAAGCCAGCGGCGGUGGAGGCGGCAAGGGGAAGGAGAAGGCGCUGGAGCCGCCGCCCGCGGUGAUACGCCGCGCGCCGGCUGGGAGCGCGUCGGUGUUCCAGCAGCCGGAGCCGGGGUUCACCCCCGGCGGCGGCGGCGGCGGGAAGGGGCCGACGGAGGAGGAGCGGCGGCAGCGGCAGGCCAACGAGAACGCCUUCCUCCUCGCAUGGCUGGGGCUCGGCUUGAUCAUCCUCGCCGAGGGCCUCGCGCUCGCCGCCUCCGGUUUCCUGCCAGAAGAAUGGGACAGCUUUUUCGUGAAGUUCCUUUAUCCAUCGUUUACUCCUACGGUAAUAUUGUUUUUGGGCGGUACGGUCGGAUAUGGCGUCUUCAAGUACUUCGAAGGCGAGAAAAGCAAUAGCUAGAUGGCUGCACAAAGGUGAGUAAAAGAAUGAGGCGGGUUGAAACACGAUUAGAGAGUAAAUGGUUCAUAUUUGCCAUGGUUAGAGUAUUGACUAUUACCAUCGUAGCUGCACAAGACACCAGUCAGAGGCUUUGCGCAAAUUGCAGUGCGACUGUGCAAAUUACAAAUUGCGCAAUCAUAAGCAAAUGGAAAAAAAAAACUCAAAUCUAGAGUUUCCCGACAUGAUUUCGCAGACCAUGCAUAUCGUGGUCAAGACAAGAGGAUCAUUGAUAAAUUCAGUUUCUUGAAGCAAGCAGGUGCAGAGAAGUUGUACCCUAUUUUAUGAGGCAUCACACAAAUCAGCGGCUGGGGAAGCUACGAGCUCUGGAACUCCCUGUCUGUCAUCAGUGUCUAGUUCGUCUCUAGCUAGUUCUCUUGUACUUCUUGACUUGUUAUUGUUGUUCAGGUCAUCUAACUCCUGGGGUUUGUUCAGCGUGCAAGUCAAUAAAUUUGUAUUGUGCUAUUUUGUUAAUGAAAUGAAACGCGAUCGUUUGGUUUUUAUAAUAA